AUGUCAGUUUUACCUACAGUUCCAACACAAAAAGAUAAUAAAUUUAUGAUGGAUAUAAAAAAGUUCCUUAAUCAAAAAAUUCGAGUAAAAUUUGAUGGAGGAAGAGAAGUUGUUGGCAAUUUAAUUGGUCAUGAUGCUAUUUUCAACUUAGUUUUAGAUAAAACUGAAGAAUAUAUUAGAGAUCCAAAUGAUCAUUUUGUUUUAACUGAAAAAACAAGAAGCAUUGGUUUGAUUGUCGCUAGAGGCACAUCGGUUGCUUUAAUUACACCAGUUGAAGGAACAGAAGAAAUAUCAAAUCCUUUUAUUACUUCACAAAAAUAA